AGUUGGAUAAGCAAUUUUUCCUCCUCCUCUGUAGGAGGACUGGUUUACAUCUGAAGCAGCGAAGGAGACAGGCACUUGUAAUGACUUCAUCUUGCUUUUUUUAAAAGUACUCCUUGUUCACAUGCACUGCAGAGCGACCAAUCUUUUUUUAAGUGGACAUCUAAAAAAAUAGUGACUGACAAAUACAUUCAGCACCUGGCAAAAACUAUCAUUCCCCAUAUUCCUAUGUUUAGGAAGAGCAAAAACAUUUAAUAGGAAAACUGAAUAGAGAAACAAUAGGUUACAACUCAGAAACUGCCUUUCCCUUCAAUGGUAACUAAAUACACAUGGCCCCUUGGAGCAGACAGUAAAAAAAGCUGCUUAAGCGAGUGCUUCCUAACCUCUUAGAGCGCAUUUGGAAACUAUUCUCGAAGAGGAUAGUCUUGUUCACUCAUCUGCAAAAAGCCAGCAAUUGGGGUCUCUUAAUUUGCUUUUUAAAAAUUAUCUACCUUUGAACUUUUUUUUUUCCCUGGUGAGCCUAGGAAUAGCUCACAAAUACCAAGACCUCUGAUCGCUUGCUGGUAUUCCUAACUCUUCAGUGACCUCUGAUUUAUAGCAUGAGCUUCCCUGCUUGCCUAUGGUAACUUUGACUGUGGCUCCAGGUAGCUGGUUUGGAGGCUUUAGACAAGCCUGUGCACCAGUGCUGGGUGCACUGGCAAAAUGCCUCUCUUGCUCCUGUGAUUCACUGUCCUAGAGAUGUGCUGAGGGACAAACCCUGGGCUUUUUGGAGGUGAUCUUCCCUGUCUCAGGGGUUCCCUUUCAUACAGAGAGGAAAGACAACAGAUUGAUAACUUUUGGCUUUCUUCGGAGAUUUUAGAACAAAGCCUCUUGUUAGACGUGUUAUUCUCCAUAAAACUGCAAAGGAAUAUCUGAAUGAAAAGUGAGUUUUAGUUUUGAAUCUUAAACUUGUAGAGUAUAUACCUAGCAGAUGAGUGUGGGGUUGAAAAUAUAAACACUCCUGAUUAGAUUUCUUGACAAAAUAAAGUUCAGAGACCUUUAUGGUAAUACUGGCACAAGAUUAAGCAAGCGUAAUCUGGUUGUGAGUAAGCUUAGGCUGAAAAUGAGGAGCCUUCAGCUUUAUCAGAGGGAAUGAUUCUGGAACGAUCUGCCACCCAAAAUAAGAAAGAGUAGCUAGUUUGGAAACACAGCUUGACCAGAUAAUGGAAGGAAUUACGCUGUUAACCAGGAACACCAUUUCAGUCUUUUUUGCUCCUCUGAGUGAAUCACUAGUUUAAAUUACUGUUUGGUAUUAGCUUUGACUUAGCAGUAAGAAUGACAGCCUGUUUUAACAGGAACCAGAAAGGCAUGAACUGUAAGAACUGUUUAAUCUCAGUCACUUUUGCAUCUGACAUUGCCUGGAGGAGAGAGGAAGCAGAAAAAUGCACGUUGUGCAAGUGCUUUCCCUGAAGUUGCAUGAGCAAGAGUUCCGGUUCAUUCUUUCCUCCUCUCUGUUGUUAAGAUUAAAUCUAUCACAUAGGAAGCCAGCCCUUAGGUGAGGUAAUGGGAAGUUAUCUAAAAAUGCUGCCUUCUGCAUGGUCCAUGAAACAGGUUUUGUAGUGUACUGCAUAUUCUACUUUUUGUUUGUUUGUUUGAUGUUUUUUGUCAUUGUUUUUUCUUCCCCCUCUGGGUGACCCUCUUGGAUCAGGUGCUGCCACCUGUUUAAUGAAAAUUUUAUUUAUUCAGCCCAUGCAGGACUUGAGUAGAGUGACUUCCUGCUAGUGUCCUUCCCCUCCUCUACAAGAACAGCAGUAACACCAAACAGAAGCUCCUUUAGCAAAGGCACGCAUGGCUCUGUACAGAGCGGACACUACAGCUGCUCUGCUACUGUCUUUAUCUCAUAGGUGACCUCCAUCGCUGCCUCCUGGACAUCACUGAUGGCCCUAGAAGAGGAGGUUUUCCUUGUAGCAAUAAGCUCUCUGGGUUUUGGAAGGCAGCUCUGAAAAAGGAGUGUCCUGCCCUUAGUGCUUAGCGUUUGCUAGGCUCACGGGUGCUAUUGCGUGUGUGGGUAGGAAAGCUGGCGUAGAGCUGGGUAGGCUCCAACCCUGGGUGGUGAAGGUGGGGUCAGCACUGCCCUUGGCUGGGUUGUCCCAGUUCAUCCCAUCUACGAGCCGCGUGCCACGCUGCUGGCCGUGGUUUGUAUAUUUAGGACUGCUGGGUGUAGAGCCUCGCUAACCAGGCGGGAAGUUGAGCCAAGGUUCUUGCAUUUCAAGGAAUGACCCUUUCCCUUGGCGCUCCGUCGCUUUGGAUGGCAUGUCACACGCCAGGAUCUCGGUUAGCUGCUGAUUUCUGCGUGAGGAAUGAUUCACAGUCCUUGAGGUUCGCACGUCGGUAGGAGAGCCUUACUUUGCCCACAACAGGGAUUCAGAAAUGAUUAGAUUACUCUGCAUUUCAACUGUUCUUCUGCUAAACGAGUGUAGGAGAAGAAAGUGCAAAUAGCGGAGGGCGUGAGGAGGAGCAGUUCCUGAGCCCUCCACGUUGCGGGCAGCUGGAAAUAAGAGGCUGGGAUCCGUCUGUCUCAGCGCUUAUGUAGUGAGUUAGAUUUUGAUUUCUGGCCAGAGGUGCUUGGGUGGUUGGGGAGCUGCCCUGAGGGAUGGAUGGAUGGAUGGAGAAGGAGAGGGUGGGGUUGCCAGGCAGGCCUCGGGAGGCGGGGAGCGAGAGGAGGAAGUGAAAGGAGGAGGCUGAGCGAACUGGAGGAUCUGGUGCUGGAGGAUUUGGUGCUGCGCUGCAGAGCCAUGGCCCAGCCCCGAGCCUGUCAGGAGCAGGCGGAGGGUUUGCGCGAAGUGACGCUCUCUACGCAGAGGCUGCGGGUGCUGCCUUCAGCAGUCCUGAGCAACCCCGUGCUGGAGAGCCUGGACCUCGACAGGAACAAGCUCAAACACAUCGCCGGCAUUUCUAAGCUUUGCAACCUGAAGAAGUUGAUACUGUCCAAGAAUGAGAUUGUGGACUUUCCGGACGAAAUCCAGAGCCUGGUCUAUUUAGAGAAGCUUGAGCUGAAUCAGAACCAAAUCCGGGUCAUUCCGGAGGGGGUUUUCUCCCAUCUCUCCAGGCUCAAACACUUGCGGCUGAACAACAACCGCCUCUGUGCCCUCCCCAGGGACCUGGCAGCGUGUCAAGGCAGCCUCCAGUAUCUCAACCUGUCCAACAACCUCUUUCGAGCCUUCCCCCAGCCUGUCCUGCAGCUGACGAGCUUGCAAGAGCUCCACGUGCAGAACAAUGCUCUUCGCCAGCUCCCCAGGGAGCUGUUUCAGGGGCAGUCCCUGAAAAUGUUCAAGGCCAACGGGAACCCGCUCAAGGAGCCUCCCAGUGAGGUGUGUGCCGGUGGCAUCCAGCAGAUCCUGAAUUACUUCACGCAGCUGCAAGACUGUUCGGGGCAGGAGGACAAGAGGGUCAAGACCAUGUUCCUGGGGGCUUCGCUGGCAGGAAAAUCCACCAUUUGCAAAAGCCUGAAGCAGGGGCAAACCAAACUGGUGCCCAAGGAAGAGCGAACAGUUGGCAUCGAGAUCAGCGAGUUCCGGAUCGAGGACUUCACUUUUCUCUUCUGGGACUUUGCUGGCCAGCUGGAGUAUUACAUGACUCACCAUGUGUUCAUCACCCCGCAGGCACUCGUCAUUCUUGUCAUCAAUCUCCAUAUGUACCAAACUACUGAUGAUGCCUUCAAGGACCUUGUGGGUUUCUGGAUCAACAACCUGUUCAUGCGCGUGCCAAACUCGGUGGUGCUCCCUGUGGGGACCCACAUCGACUGUUGCCAGGAGGGGGAAGUGGAGGAGAAGAGGUGCGACAUCAUGUCCAGGAUUGCGGCCAUGCUGGAGGAGAGGAAGAACAACCUCUCUCACUUCAUCAACAACCUGGAAGGCAGCGAGGAGUCCGAAUUUUACGUGGACCAGUGGGAGAAGCUGAAGGAGAUGGAGAACUGCACGUUAACGGUUUUAGACUGCGUUCCUGUCAACUGCACCGAUCACCGUGAUAUCAAAAAGCUCGAAGCCGUUAUUCUGGAGCACGUGAGAAACGAGGAGCUCUUUCCCGAGGUUGUCCGGGUGCUGCCCCCCGUCUACAGGCAAGUGGAAGCCGCGAUUGUGGAUGUGGCGCAGAGCGAGGAGAUGGCAGAUCACGGCAUGAUGGACCUCCAGUACCUCCUCAGCAAACUCUCCCAUCGAGAGCAUCUGGCCAACCUGGGCAGAGAACUUCUCCAGGAUAUCUUGCGGUACCUCCACCGCAUCGGGCUUAUCAUAUGGUAUGAGGAAAUCAAGCAUCUGGAGAACACGGUCUUUCUCCAGCCUACCUUCCUCAUAAGCAUGUUCAAGCUCCUCGUGAGGUACCGCCUGGUCCAGCAGCUUGAGAGCAUCUCUGUGGACACGCUCAUAGGGGAGCACUCCACCAUCAGGGACAGGUCCAACUGGGUGUGGACCUUCAAGUCGAAGGCGAUGCUGUGCCACCGGGCAGUGCGGGCUUUGGUCAAGUACCAGCUCUAUUCGGAAGGGAUGCAGGACAUCUUUGAGGAAAUAAUGGGACACAAGCCCCACGGAAGGAGAGGGAAGCUCUUCAGCCUCCUGGAGCACUUUGAGAUCUGCCUGGAAGUGAGGAAGGCUGAAGCUCUCAACCCAGAGGCCGGUGAGUUUGUGCCUGGGAAGCCAUGGGAGGCAACACAAGGCCAUGGGGAGUCCUGGUACUUGUUCCCAACCUACCUGAACCAGACCGAAGAGGUUUCUGAGGUGUGGGGAGGAGAUCACCCUGAAGACCUCCACAUCCGGGCCUAUUUCUCACCUGAAAUACCUGAGGGCUUCUUUCAGAGGUUCCUGGUGAAAGCCUGCUCCUUCUACUCCACGCACUGGGUGGCCAAGGUGACCUGCCUGCUCAUAUGCAAUGGCAAACCCUUGCUGAUCAAAGAGAACAACCAGAGAGCCUACAGCUACCUGGAGCUCCGGUGCAGGAAGCCAGCAGAAAGGAGGGAAUUCCGGUUUGCCUGGGACUUCCUCGUCGCCAUCCUCUUCAUCGGCCAGAAGCUUUCAGAGGAGUGGCCGGGGCUGCACGUCUGCGUGAAGACGCCUUGCCGAACUGCCGGGUGUCCCGCGGAGCUUGUGUGGCCGGACAUGGAUGGCAGAAACAUUGUGACGAAGGAAGAGGUUAAAACCUGUGGAACGUGUGGUCAUCGCUUCCGAGCAGAACUGCUCUUGCCCAGAGUGCCCGAGCAGCCGGCGGCUCCCCCGGCGCAGCCCCCCGUGUGCUACUACGUCACCAGCUACGGCACCACGACCUUCGGGCCCAGCGACGUCCGCGUGAACCGGCAGAACAUCUCAAGUGAGUAACGGGGCCAACGAGGAGGCACUUGUGGAAGAAGAAUUGUUUUAGCCGUCCUCAACGUGCUUUGCUUCCUGGUCUACAAGUUCCGUUUGCAAUAAAUAUCUCAACAAUG